CCAAUCUGGGUGUACAACGUUAUUGGUUUGGCACCCAUAAGUGGACAUGUUUUUCCUGCAAUUGGUUUAGGCUAUCCUGUUUUGAAACUGUGGUAGCUGUUCGUUAGUUGCACCACGUAGCUUUAAUUCGUUUCUACAUAUUUAUUAAUGUCACGUGUUACAAUGUCCAAUUUUCAAAAGAAAUAUAAAACACCGGCUGCAAAUUUCGGGGAUCCAGCUGCGGCUCGAGUUAUUCGCGCUCAAAAGCAGCAAACGACACGUAAAAGUGAUAGGGCUGCGACUUUCACUAGAAACAGAAACGUACCGAAUGCUUCAGAAGUAGGAGAACUACCUGUUACAGAAGAUCGCAUGAAUAAGCUAUUGGAAUGGAAAGCAAAACGCGAUAAACAAAGAAGAAUAGAACAGAUGAACAGAAAGAAAGAAUUUGUAGUGCGUGGAGUCAGUAAAAACAUAUUUUCUUUACCUGCAGACAAUAUCGCUGAAAAACAGCCAUGUGCCCGCAAGAUAUCACCACCAAAGAGGAUCACGAAAGCAACAGAAAAGAGACUAUUACGUAAACAGCAAAGAGAAACAUCAAAAAAUGACAAAAAAGUUGCAACAAAAAAUGACAAAAGAGUUGCAACAAAAAAUGACAAAAGAGUUGCAACAAAAAAUGACAAAAAAAUUGCAACAAAAAAUGACAAAAAAGUUGCAACAGAAACGGGUAAUAAUACUAACAAUAAUUUCAAGUCUUUAAAAGAGCCUGAUCAAGAACUAUUAUUUGGGAAAACACACAUAACAUUUGAUGACUGUUCUCAGAAGAAUAGUAAUAAUAGUAUUGUGGAGACUCAUAAUAAUGAUAUUUCACGCAAGUCAGAACAUAAUGAUUCAUCUAAUGAGCCAGCUUUCUUUUCACCAUAUGUAGUAUCCAGUCGUGGAAAAAGGAAUGCUAGAAAUGAAGAGCAAAUGAAACGUGGUUUAAGUCUUAACUGUUCAUUAAAGGACAAUAUUCCUACAAAGGAUACUAUCAUCAAGAACCUUAAUAUCUCGGUUGAGGAGGAAGAACGAACUGCACAGUAUUUUCACUUUCUUUUAAAUAAAGAAAUAGAUAGGCUAAAUGAAUUGUGUGAUAAAUGGACUGCAAUAAAAGAAGAAUCAGGUAUUACAGAAGAUGGUCAAUAUCAUAUUCAACAAGCUAUUGGGCAAACGACUUUGUUGAUAAGUAAGAAGUUCGAAAGAUUUCGUGGUUUAGUUGCCGAUUGUGAAACAGGGAAAGGAACAAUGUUGGUUACAUGUAAAGAUUUGCAGGGUUUUUGGGAUAUGAUGUAUAUGGAAAUAAAAAAUUGUGAUUCAAGGUUUAAUACGUUGGAACAAUUACGUUCACAAGGCUGGAAAGAGAAAGAGUUAUAUGUUGUUAGCAAGCUUCCAAAAAGAAAUAAAACUGCAGUAAAAAAGAAAGUAGUACCUAAAAAGGCAAGCUCAUUCAGAAAUUUCAUAGUAAGAAGAAGAAAAGAAAGAGUGGAAGGAGCAGUAAACACUAAUGAUAUGGAAGUUCAAAUCAUACACAACGAAAACAAAACCGAAAGGUCAACUGGUUGUAAUGAUAGUAAACCUUCCUCUGUUAAGCACAAGGUCAGUAAGACAAAGUCAAGUUUGUUGCACGAAGUACAGUUGUUAGCCGCGAAAAAACAACGAAGUUCUUUAGCCAGAAUGAAAAUAAGUCAAAUUUACAAAACGCCACAAGUAACGUUGGACAAUACAAUAUUCUACAUAAAUUCUGACCAAACUCCGAAAAAGAGUAUAUUGAAACAACCAAGGAAGUCAAAUGAGAUAGCAUCUAGUUCCAAGUCAGUACAUAAAGUUAAUUUUGAUGACUCUGUAGCUUUAAAUGAAAUUCCUAUUUCCGAAGAAAUACAAACAAAAAUGGAUUUAGCUGCAGCAUUAUCAAGAAUAGAUGAUCUUAAUUUUAAUGAUAGCAUCGAAGAUGAUGUGCCGGUACAUGCAAAUUUGAGACUUACCUUUGAUGAUAGUAGCUCUGAAGAAUGUAAAGAUGUGUCUGACACGAGUAUGCAUUCUGAGAAAGAGAAAUCAACCAAUGAAAGUAUAAACAUGCCAUUAGCAAAAGUUGAAUCUGCAGAAACAUUAGAAUCACACAUGCUACUUAAUAACUCUAUUGAUUCAUGGCCACGGAGAACUUUAAGAAGACAACUAGCUAUAGAUGAAAGUGCGGGAGAUACAACGUUAACCGUUGUAUCUUCUACACCGUUCAAUGAAACGGUUGGUUAUGUAGAUUUAAAUCUAAUACGUAGCUUGGAUGCUGAAGAGGAAACACAUGAACAUAAUGAAACUGUAAAAGUCCUAAGGAAUAGAAGUAUUACCGCGACAAACACAUUAACACCAAGGAGGAGAUCUAGGAAAAUGUCUACAAACAAACAAUUAGAAUUUAAAGAGAACAUUGAUUCGAAAGAUGGUUUAUCUGAUGAUAUUUCCACUAUCAGGUUAAAUGCAAAUAGCAAGACGAAAAAGUUUAAGAGGAGCAUUAAAUUUUCUGGCAAAGAAGAAAAAAGUAAUAUUUACACAGAAAAAGAAGUGUUCCCUACAACUCCCCAUGUCAGGAGUAAAACUCAAUCUAACAAUAAGAAGAAGAGAAGAACAACUUCUGAAAAUCCUAUGUCAAUUGGUUCACCAGCUCCUAAAUCCACCAGAAGAUCGCUAAGCAGAAAUAGAGUCACUUCUGCAUAGUAAUUAAAUUUUCUAAUUAUAGCAUGUAUUUAAUUAAAUCUGUUUAUUUAUGCCAUCAAAACACAGUA